UCCCUUCUCUUCCCCUAAAUCCUUCAACAGAAAUACAAACCAACACGAACAAUGGGGGUGCCUCAAACAAUGGAGGCCCUAAGAGAACGAGCUGAUUUCAUUAAAGAAUCGUUACAAAAAAGCCAAAUCAUUACUGAUAACAUGGCCGCCAUUCUUGGCUCCUUCGACCACCGGCUCUCUGCCUUAGAAACUGCCAUGCGUCCCACUCAGAUAAGGACGCAUUCGAUUAGAAGAGCACAUGAAAAUAUUGAUAAAACAUUGAAGGCAGCAGAGGUUAUUUUAUCUCAAUUUGACCUCACGCGAAAGGCAGAGGCUAAAAUAUUGAGAGGGCCACAUGAAGAUUUAGAGAGUUAUUUAGAAGCGAUUGAUCAGCUAAGAAGCAAUGUGAAAUUUUUUAGCAGCAAUAAGAGUUUUAAAAGCAGUGAUGGUGUGCUUAAUCAUGCCAAUCAAUUACUUGCUAAAGCUAUUUCUAAGCUUGAAGAGGAGUUUAGACAGCUUUUAACAAAUUACAGCAAGCCAGUGGAACCUGAUCGACUUUUUGAAUGUCUUCCCAAUUCUCUACGUCCAUCAUCAUCAUCAGGAUCGCCUAGGAAGCAUGGUAAUGAUAACAGCAAGAGCCCCACUGAGCACCAAGGGAAGAGCUUAGAAAAUGCUGUUUACACUCUUCCAACACUUAUUCCGCCAAGGGUUAUUCCAUUGCUACAUGAUUUAGCUCAACAAAUGGUUCAAGCUGGUCACCAACAACAGCUAUUUAGAAUCUACAGGGACACUCGUGCUUCAGUUUUGGAACAAAGCGUCAGGAAAUUAGGUGUUGAGAGACUCAGUAAGGAUGAUGUCCAGAAAAUGCAGUGGGAGGUCUUGGAGGCUAAGAUCGGGAAUUGGAUACAUUAUAUGAGGAUUGCUGUCAAACUGCUGUUUGCUGGGGAAAAGAAACUGUGUGAUCAAAUACUUGAUGGGGUUGAUUCUCUCAGGGAUCAAUGUUUUGCUGAAGUCACUGUAAACAGCGUGUCUGUGCUGCUUAGUUUUGGGGAGGCCAUAGCCAAAAGCAAAAGAUCACCUGAAAAACUAUUUGUUCUAUUAGAUAUGUAUGAGAUUAUGCGGGAACUUCAAUCUGAGAUUGAAUUACUCUUUGGAAGUAAAGCCUGCAUCGAAAUGCGGGACUCUGCAUUGAGUUUAACAAAGCGACUAGCUCAAACGGCUCAAGAGACCUUUUGUGAUUUUGAAGAGGCUGUAGAAAAAGAUGCUACCAAAACUGCUGUUUUAGAUGGAACUGUCCAUCCUUUGACUAGCUAUGUGAUUAAUUAUGUGAAGUUUCUCUUUGAUUACCAAUCUACACUGAAACAGCUCUUUCAAGAGUUUGAUGCAAGCGAUCCUGAUGCUCAGUUGACAUCUGUGACUACAAGAAUUAUGCAGGCUCUUCAAAAUAACCUCGACGGGAAAUCAAAGCAGUAUAAGGACCCUGCGCUGACUCAACUAUUUCUCAUGAACAACAUUCACUAUAUAGUGAGAUCUGUGCGGAGGUCAGAAGCGAAGGAUUUACUGGGUGAUGAUUGGGUGCAAAUACACAGAAGAACUGUGCAACAGCAUGCUAAUCAGUAUAAGAGAGUUUCUUGGGCAAAGAUUCUGCAGUGUCUCUCUGUUCAGGGUGGUGGAUCAGGCAGUGGUGGUGGAAUCGGAGGUGAUGGUAGUGCCAGUGGAAUUUCAAGAGCAGCAGUGAAGGAUAGAUUCAAGACCUUCAAUGUCCAAUUUGAGGAGCUUCACCAGAGGCAAUCUCAAUGGACCGUUCCUGACAGCGAGUUGCGUGAGUCUUUGAGGCUGGCUGUUGCCGAAGUUCUCUUGCCCGCAUAUAGGUCUUUUCAAAAGCGUUUUGGGCCUAUGAUUGAGAAUGGAAAAAACCCUCAGAAGUACAUUAGAUACUCUCCUGAGGAUCUUGACCACAUGAUGAAUGAAUUCUUUGAGGGGAAGACAUGGAACGAGCAAAAACGGUAAACAUUUACUAGAACGAAUCUAGGUACAUGCCACCAUUUAUGCUCUUGUAUAAUUACGAAGUCAAAUAAUAGGUGGCUUGAUAUACUCGUAUCACGAUCCGCAUUAGGGUUGGAUUCUUCUGCCAAAGUUUUGCUGUUAUUUUUCCAACUAUCGAGUCUGAGUAUGUUUCAUUCAAGGCAUGCAUGCAUAUGCACACUCUGUACUCACAACUGUACAACCUCCCCCUCCUAUGGGUAUAAACAAAUGAAAACAGCUGCUAUUUAAUAA